AUGCCUAGCACACGCCUGAACAAAGUCCAGAAACAAAUCGCCAAAAAGAAAGGCAAAAACGCCUCGCUCCAUGAGAACAGCAGAGACACGCAACGACUGCAGCGCGCGAGUGCCAGAGAUGACCGCCUGAAUCGGUUGGCGGCCAUUAGGGAGAAGCAGAAUAGGCACUACAUCUUGAGAGUAAAAGCCUUCCAAUCCUACACCCUCGAACACACCGCCUCCUUGACCAUCCCAGAAAUGCAAAAACUCAUUGAAGAUUUCCUCGGCCGCGACGACGAGGAACUCGCCAAAUUAAAAGCGGAGCGCCGACCCGGCAGACCGCCGAGCACGCGCGAGACGCAGCUAGAGCAGAAGCAGGCGAUGGAGCAGGGGGAAUAUACUAGCGGAUUUUGGAUGCCGGAGCUGGACAAGGAGAAUUUGAAGAAGUUGAAGUUAUGGAGCGGGAAGUGGGAAAGUUUGCCCACGUUGAGGUUCGUGAGGGUGACGAAGGAUGGGAGGAAGUUGGAGAGUAGUUUUCCACCUAAGGGGUUGUCGUGA